UCGCAAUGGAGUUCGUAAAGUUCAGUCACGAGCUCUCUCUUAGUACUGCGCGUGCUGUUCAGUGUCAACAUCAGGAAUCAGGACACAAGGACCACUUCACGUCAAGUGCAGAUCUAUACGCCAGAAAGACCCGAGUGAGGAGAGGCCCCUUAGCUAAACACAAUGACAGAGGGUGUGGAGGAACAUCAUCCCCAUCAGACCAAACACAACAAUGAUCACCGAAUGCUCCAGAGAAGAGACAGCGGUGAUGUGGCCAUCUACAGCGUAACAUGCAGCAGAACAUCCUCUCUGCAGACCGUAAAAUCAGAGCCUGGGUUGAAAAAGACGGCAAGCUGUGAGUCAGAAGAGCGGGACCAACAGGAAGAGGGAUCCGCCUCCUUUCCUGAGGUGCAGCAUCAUUUCACUGGAGGAGCAGAGGAUGGUGCACCUGAUGGUGGCUGGGGCUGGGUGGUCCUCGCGGCCACUUUUCUGGUCAUGGCAUUGACCCUGUCUUUCCCUUCCUGCAUAGGCAUCUUUUACACUGACUUGCAGAACGACUUCAGUGCCAGCAACACUGAAAUGUCGUGGGUGCCAGCCAUCAUGACGGCAAUGGUGCAUGCAGGCGGCCCCAUAUGCAGUGUUCUUGUGGAGUGCUGUGGUUGCCGCACAACAAUAAUUAUUGGCGGGAUACUGAGCGGGGUGGGAAUGGCGGCCAGCUCAUUUGCACAGACAAUGGCAGAGCUGUAUAUCACUGCUGGCAUAAUAACAGGAAUGGGAUUCUGUUUGUCUUUCCAGCCAUCGGUCACCAUGGUGGGACAUUACUUUGUGCAUCGCAGGGCUUUUGCCAAUGCCUUGUCUUCUACUGGCACUGCACUCGGUCUGAGUACCCAACCCUUGCUGGCCAACUAUAUGCUCAGCAGGUUUGGUUGGCGGGGUAGCUUUCUGGUGCUGGGAGGGGUUCUACUGAACUGCUGUGUUUGUGGGGCCGUGAUGCGACCCCUGGGGACCAAACCGAAGACAGAAGGAAGAACCAACCAAUUGCCACAAACCAAUUACCUUUCCAUUAGGGAAAAAGAGGGUCUGAAAGUUUGCCUGCGGACCACUAUCUCCACCGUCAUGCCUUUCCUGCGCAGACACAUGGCUUUCGACCUCCUGUGCAGUAACGUUCGCUUCCGUGCCUUUGCUCUUGGGGUAACUUGGAUGAUGCUGGGCUUCAUGGUUCCACUAGUUUACUUGGUUCCACAUGCCACCAUGUACGAUAUAGAGCAGGACCGAGCAGCUCUAUUGAUUGCCAUCCUCGGCCUGGUCAACAUCAUUGUUCGUCCAGUGGCAGCACUGGUGUUAGGGCUGCCUCGUUUCCGAGGAAGCCAUGGCUUCGUCUACCUGUUUGCAAUGGCAGUAUUGAUCAACGGGAUAAGCAACUGCAUCUGUGGGAUAGCCACAAGUUUCCCAGCACUACUGACUUAUGUUAUAGUCUUUGGCAUUUCCAUGAGCCUCAUUGGCUCCUUGUUGUUCACUGUACUGAUGGACACAGUCGAGAUGAGCCGCUUCCCAUCCGCCCUGGGCCUCAUCAGCCUAAUGGACAGCUUUAUGCUACUGAUUGGCCCACCGCUAGCAGGAAUCCUGGUUGACAGCACUAAGCAAUACGCUUAUGUUUUUUUUGCCUGCAGUGUAACUGUGUCCACAGCUGGUCUCUUCAUCAUGUUGUCCUUCUACUGGCUGGACAGACAGAAAGACAAAGAGGCUAAGAAGUCCUUUUGUCCAAAAGACAUUCAUUUUCAAAAGCCAAGCAUUAAGUUGACCACUGAUUGUGAUUAUAGUCAAGUGCCUUUAAAAAGUAUUAAUGUCAGAGACAUUGAGACUGAUAUGUGAGUCGGGCUGCAACGACCACCGUGUUUCCCAACCCUGUUCCUGUGGUAAGCACAUCAACAGAACACAAUUUCCUACUCUACUCAUCAGCUUGUUAGUAGAGACAACAAGACUUGAAAUGACACAUCGGAUCAGGGAGAUCUAAAAUGUGUACUGUUGGUGUGCCUCCAGGAACAGGGUUGUGGUACACUAGCCUUGAGUACAUUUCAGAACAGUGAUUUUGUUCAAUAACAACACAUGAUAAAAUCUCUUACCUCUGCACCACUUUCCCCUCAUCCUCUGAUGAGUGGUGAAUCCAUUACAGUCAUUCGUAAAGGAAUAGUUCACCCAAAAAUGAAAAUUUGCUGAUAAUUUACUCCCCCUCAGGCCAUCCAAGAUGUAUAUGACCUUCUUUCUUCAUCCGAACAGGAUUUUAGAUUUUUACGAGAUUAUCCCAGGUUUUUAGCUUCAUCCAAUGCAAGUCAAUGGACACCCAUUUUUGACGGUCCAAAAAGCAUAUUUAGGCAGCAUCAAAGUAAUCCACAUGACUCCAGUCGAUUAAGUAAUGUCUUCUGAAGUUAAUCGAUACCUUUGUGUGAAAAACAAAUCGCUAAUUAAAACAUUAUAUCUUCAUAGUCAUUUUGUAUAACAUGGUGCCAAAUGAGAAUUUUAUGAGUUGAAAUCAUUCCAAAUCAUCACAUACACAAAAAACAAACAAACAAAAAUAUGUAAUAAAAAAUAUAUAAUUUCAGUUUUUGCUUUAGUUUAUGAUGACUGACAAAGGCCAGUUGUGAUUAAUGGUAAUAUUACUGUCAUUUAGUUUCUGAUCGUUCUGCACUCAAAUGAAUGUAGAAUACACUAGGAAUGUGUAUGUUUUUAUUUAUAGAUGCCUUAAAUUAUGUUUUAGGAGUCUCUUAAAUCUUAUACAUUUGAAUUUUUUUAGUUUGUGUAGAUAUGGCUUUUUAAAAUCAGUAAUAUAUUUAUAUAUUUCUAUUUAUUAAAGGGAAAUUGA